AAGGGAAGAAAAAGAUCGGAUUACAAGAUGGCGGUCUGUGGACGAUAGUGAAGAGGCCGUCGUAGUUGUUUUCAACGGUGAAUUUUACAGUUCGAUAGAUAUCCUGCUUUCUGCGGUUAAAAAAAAAAUCAACCGCGUAAUAUGUUCAUUAAUUAGCACAUUAUUGUAAAUCAUACUCAGAUGUAUGUCUGGGACAUGCGGGUAGAAACACGUUUGAAGCUCGGGGAUAAGAACAUAGCUAGGCAACUAUUUUAAAGAUAGUUCACCCUAACGUUAGUGUUGGCUUGCUAACGCGUUAGUUUUUCCUCAAGGUAACUAUGUCGGAUACUCGGCGGCGUGUGAAAGUAUACACGCUGAAUGAAGACCGACAGUGGGACGACAGGGGCACAGGACAUGUCUCAUCUACCUUUGUCGAACGACUGAAGGGAAUAUCAUUAUUAGUUCGGGCCGAAUCCGACGGCUCACUUCUUCUGGAGUCUAAAAUCAGCCCAAAUACUGCAUAUCAAAAACAACAAGAUACCCUGAUUGUGUGGUCUGAAGCAGAGAACUAUGAUCUGGCUCUGAGUUUUCAGGAAAAAGCUGGCUGUGAUGAAAUCUGGGAAAAGAUUUGUCAGGUGCAGGGGAAAGACCCUGCGCUGGAGAUCACCCAGGACCCAAUCGAUGAGUCUGAGGAGGAGCGCUUCGAGGAGAUGCCAGAGACCAGCCACCUGGUGGAGCUGCCUCCCUGCGAGCUGGCCCGGCUGGAGGAGAUCGCUGACCUUGUGACUUCUGUUCUGUCCUCGCCCAUCCGCCGGGAGAAACUGGCCCUGGCCCUUAUGAGCGAAGGUUACAUGAAGAAGCUGCUGCAGCUCUUCCAGGUGUGUGAAGACCUGGACAACCGGGAGGGCCUACAUCAUCUGUAUGAGAUUGUGCGCGGCGUGCUCUUUCUCAACAAGGCGGCUCUAUUUGAGGUCAUGUUCUCAGACGACUGCAUCAUGGACGUGGUGGGCUGCCUGGAGUACGACCCGGCGCUGGUGCAGCCCAAAAGGCACCGUGAGUUCCUCACCAAGACGGCCAAGUUCAAGGAGGUGAUCCCCAUCACGGACUCAGAGCUGCGGCAGAAGAUCCACCAGACGUACCGUGUGCAGUAUAUCCAGGACAUCAUCCUUCCCACUCCUUCCGUCUUCGAGGAGAACUUCCUUUCCACCCUCACAUCCUUCAUUUUCUUCAACAAGGUGGAGAUAGUCAGCAUGCUGCAGGAGGAUGAGAAGUUCCUCACUGAAGUCUUUGCACAGCUAACGGAUGAAGCCACAGAGGAUGGUAAAAGGAGGGAACUAGUGAACUUCUUCAAAGAAUUUUGUGCUUUUUCACAAACCUUGCAACCACAAAAUAGAGAUGCUUUCUUCAAGACUCUGGCGAAUCUAGGCAUUCUUCCUGCUCUUGAAAUAGUCAUGGGGAUGGACGACCUGCAAGUGAGGGCUGCAGCCACAGACAUAUUCUCAUACCUGGUGGAGUUCAGCCCCUCCAUGGUCCGAGAGUUUGUUAUGCAGGAGCCACAGCAGACUGAUGAUGAUGUGCUGCUGAUCAAUGUGGUGAUAAAGCAGAUGAUCUGUGACUCGGACCCUGAGCUGGGGGGUGCUGUGCAGCUGAUGGGGCUCCUACGCACACUGAUUGACCCAGAGAACAUGCUGACACCCACCAAUAAAACGGAGAAGACCGAGUUCCUCAGCUUCUUCUACAAGUACUGCAUGCAGGUCCUAACAGCCCCUCUAUUGGCCAACACUGUAGACGAGAAGAAGUCUAAAGCUCUGCAAGAGGGGUCCACCAAGAUCAACCCAGUGUGUCCUGAUAAUUUCCAGACAGCUCAACUCCUGGCUUUGAUUCUGGAGCUGCUGACAUUCUGUGUUGAGCACCACACGUACCACAUAAAGACAUACAUCAUGAACAAGGACCUGCUACGACGAAUCCUGGUGCUAAUGAACUCUAAACACACCUUCCUGGCGCUGUGUGCUCUACGCUUCAUGAGGAGGAUAAUCGGGCAGAAAGAUGAGUACUACAACCGCUAUAUUAUCAAAGGGAACCUGUUUGAGCCAGUCAUCAACACUCUGCUGGACAAUGGAACUAGAUACAACCUCCUAAACUCGGCCAUCAUCGAACUCUUUGAGUUCAUCAAAGUAGAGGAUGUCAAGUCCCUGAUAGCACACAUCAUAGACAACUACUACAAAGCACUUGAAUCCAUUGAAUACGUUCAGACGUUCAAGGGCCUGAAGGGCAGAUAUGAGCAGGAGAAGGACCGACAGACCCUGAGGCUCAACAGAUAUCGUAGGGAUGCCCGAACGCUGGACGAGGAUGAGGAAAUGUGGUUCCAUGAAGAUGAGGAUGAUGACGAAGGAGAGGCUGUUGAGAAAAGCAGGCCAGAAGAAGAGUUCCCGGAGAGCUACGGAAAGUAUAUGGAAGCAAAAAAAGUUAAAGAGAGUGACGACAAAGAGAACUUCCCAAAGCAGACCCCAACUGGCAGCUUUAAGUUUACCUUCUCUCAUUCUGCAGGGGCUGCCAACGGUGCCAACGGCAAGCCAGCUGCCUCGCACGCCGCCGCAGCCAGUCCCAACGGCUCCCCAGCAAAGUCGGACGCGCCACCCGGCACCCUGGUAGUCAAGGUGAGCUUUCCCUGUCAACUGCCAUUCUAAUUGCCAAGACUGCGAUGGUCGGCCUUGUAGACUAUCCUGACGACGAAGACGAGGAGGAAGAAGACGAAGAGCAGUCGCCACGGAAACGUCCCCGUCUGGGCUCCUAAGCCAGUGAAGUCGUCUGGUCUUGGUCAGCUGUGCCACAGUCACAGUCCACUGGACAGAGACCACUCCCACCUUCCUACCCUGCCCCCCUGCUCCUACGUCCCCAUAUCUGGCCUGUGGACCAGAGAGGUUGAACAGUGCCACGGUUUCCCUGUUGGUCCGGCAGGGACGCAGCACUUCACCCAAACCUCAGCCGCUCUACAGAAGGGGGAGCAGGUGCUAAUGGGAGAGCCAGUCAGGCUAGCAGGACUAGCCGCUUAGUAAUGGAAGCUUGAUUGGCUGACCCUACAGAACUGUUCCUUUGGGUUGGGUGGAGGGAACUAGGCAAAAAGAGGGGGUAAGUAACAACAAAAAACGAACCUACAGAAAACAAAACUUUCUUAGUUCUGAGGAGCAGGACUCAACCGUCGAAGCUGGGGCUGCAUUGCCGAGGCUCACACAUAACUAGCCAGGAAUCCUGUAUUAAUGAGUUUUAAAAGUACUGUACAGUUUUUUUUUUUUUUCAUAUGCCCCUUAAGUGAUUUUAAGGGGAGAGCUAUACCUGCCAGUGUAUUUUAUUUUUUUUGCUGCACAAAUGGUGGGACCACUGUUCACCCUUAAUUACAUUCAUUGUAGAAAGCAAGAGUUGCAAUGCUGGUAUUAAAUUGCAGUAAAGUCAUUUUUGCAGCCCACUGAGAAUGUCUGAAGUUUGUGUAUUCAGUGGCUGUGACUCCCUUUCAACGGAGGUACCAGAUGUGUUUGUUCAGAGAAGUCUGUUUUCCAGCAGGUAUGUAUAUCUUGUUUUAAAAGAACACAAACCCUUCUCAGUGGUACAUACUACCGGUGAUCCAGUUCAGUACUCCUGAUGGGUUGAGUUGAUAGCACACUUCCUUUGGGUCAGAACAUAUUUCAAUUCUAAAUUGCAGCAGUGGUGGCUAGACCAGCUACUGCCAUUUAUAUAGACCAGGGAUGCCCCCUCACCCCCAUGUUUGUUGUUGUUGAACAGUGUGGGUCUCAAUUUACUUUUGGGUUAGAAUAGUAGAAUACACUAGGUGCAAUUUUGUUGCAUCAGUAGUUUCUCUUCUGACAGUCACUCAAUUAGCAAAUUAGUCUAGGCCAUCUAUCUAAACUUGUGGUCAUGGUUGAAUUACCUACCGGGUGCCCCCAUUAAUAUAUCUGAUGAUCAACUGCAAACGCAUCCACCCUUUUACAAAAUGUGUAGAAUAGCAUGAAAUUAAAACUUCAUUCUCUGUCAAGAUGGGGGCUGCUAAAUUGUUUUGCUCGUAAGGUGGGUGGGGGGGGGUGCAACAAUUUUGCUUCGGCACCCAAAGGGCUAGGGCCUACUCUGACUGCAUCUGUGGGUAUGGAUGUGUGUAAGCAGAUCUGUGAGCCGUUGCGGCCCCUACCCCCAUCUAUUGCCUAUCCCUGAUAGACAUUCCUAUUGACAGAUAUAGUUUGAGAUGUCAGGAAGAGGUGGAAAGCAUUUGUCGGAGUACGUACAGCAGCUGUGAAUGCCCAAAUGUAACCAUUUCAAAUGUCUGUUUGUUUUCUCCCUGAAAAAUGUGUACAAAGUGCAUUUACUACCACUAUCUCCAUUCUAAAGUUUUGUAUACAGUUGAUACGUUUUCAGAUUAAAUGUGACCCUGGCAUUAAA